CGAGAUUCGACAAGUCGGUCAGUGAUGAGACAAGCCCAGCUACUUUGUAUCAAGCCAUCAAUUGGCCAAUAUGUGCAAUCAACCUCUGGUCACUUAUACACGAGCUACGAUGCAAGUCAACAGUCCACGCUCCCUCUCCUUGCGGUAGUGCAAAUAGGUCAUUUGCUUCUGUACCUGUUCGCUCUUCAUGGUUCACAUCCCGGGUGUCUUGGAGGGCUUCUUGGGUGGCAUUUUCGUUGGGACUGUCGUCUCGACCUUUCUUUUCGGGAUACUCACAGUGCAAACUCUCCUUUAUUACAAGCGUUUCCCUCAGGAUAGUAAAUGGACGCGGCUCGCAAUCGGACUUCUUUGGGUCGCCUUUGCAUUUCAAGCAGCCUUUAUGACCAAGGCGAUGUGGUGGUGGCUGAUCCGUAAUCCAGCUGCACUGGGACGUGCGAUUUGGGAAUUUUCCUCAUAUUCAGUGGCCACAGCAGUAGCAUCCCUUGUCGUCCAGUCUUUUUUCGUGUCCCGUAUUUGGUCCUUUUCCUCGAAUUCUUAUAUCGCUGCACCCAUGCAAGCUCUUGUUUUCAUCCAGUUUGCUUUCUCCAUAACGGUUUCAACGGUGGGAGACAUAGUAUUGAACUUCCCAAAGUUCGCCCAGAAGUGGACGUGGACAGCUACGGUCUGGCUAGCGCUACAGGCAACAGCUGACGUUACAAUAGCAGUAUUGAUGACGCACCUGCUCUGGCGCCGGAAGACUGGUUUCAAAGGAACGGACGGUGCCAUCGAAACGAUGGUAUACUGGGCUAUAGCUACGGGCGGUGUGACCUGCCUUCAAUCUCUUUUGGUGUUAGGUAUCUUCACCGUCCACGGCUUCACGUUUUGGGCUCUUGUGUUCGCAAUUACCCUUGGUCCCAUGUAUCCCAUCUCAAUGCUCACAAACUUGCACAUGCGGUCAAGAGUACGAAAGCAGCUAAGCGAAUUUACGGGACCAAAUAUCCCUCUUGACGAAUUACGAUCUGCUCAGAAGAAGCCUGUGACUGUGACUCCUUGUCAACGGGACGAGCCAAAAGCACUUACGAACUCAGCCAAGGGUAGUAUCAUGGUGAAUGUCCAUCGCUCCGAGUACGAAGACAGUCUCAGCAAUAUUAACGUCCAUCGACUCGGUCGUGAUAAAAUCCACUUGUCAGAUGCCAAUGCCUCGCGAACUUUCCGCUCUAACGUUAAGCCUGAGACAUCGACGGCCUGCAAGCUAGUGAAAUCCAAAUUCAAAACUUGAAGCAUCGCGCGUCAAACAUUAUGCCGACCCUCACUGAAUGCCAAUGAGCUUUCACCCCUCAGUCCCAUUCCGGUGACCCCUUUCACGAAGUUGCCUCCCCCAAGAACCUCGAACGUAACAUUCAUAUGACUGCGGCUCCCAUCCCUUACUCGAUGCUCUCCCCACCUUCAAACCCAUGUAACUUUGCUGUUUCUUUCCGCCACAACAGCUGGC